AUGGAGUCAGAGGACAAGAGUGAUUGCCAAAUGCAAAGAGUAUCCUCUCCAUCAGUCAUUGUCAUAGGCAGUGGUUUUGCUGGCAUUGCCGCCGCACGAGCUCUUCAUGAUGCUAUGUUCCAGGUUAUCGUGUUGGAAUCACGGGAUAGAAUCGGUGGUCGAGUUCACACUGAUUAUUCAUCUGGUUUUCCUGUUGACUUGGGCGCUUCAUGGUUGCAUGGUGUUUGCAAGGAGAACCCAUUGGCACCUGUUAUUGGGAGACUGGGACUGCCUCUGUAUCGUACAAGUGGGGACAACUCAGUUUUGUAUGACCAUGAUUUAGAAAGCUACGCGUUGUACGAUUUGGAUGGAAAUCAAGUUCCUCAAGAAUUAGUCUCAAAGACUGGUGAAACAUUUGAGAGCAUCUUGAAAGAGACUGAUCUAGUAAGACAGGAAUUUAGCGGGGACAUGUCUAUACAACGUGCAAUUUCCAUUGUUUUGGAAAGAAGGCCAGAUUUAAGGUUGGAGGGGCUAGCUCAUAAGGUGCUCCAAUGGUGCCUGUGCAGAAUGGAAGGAUGGUUUGCCGCAGAUGCUGAUACCAUAUCAGUUAAAUGCUGGGACCAGGAAGUGCUGCUUCCUGGUGGGCACGGGUUUAUGGUCAGGGGUUAUCUUCCUGUUAUUAAUACACUGGCGAAAGGUCUUGACAUCCGGUUGGGCCAUAGAGUUACAAAGGUAGUUAGACGUUAUAAUGGAGUGAAAGUAACGGUAGAAGAUGGGAGAACCUUCAUAGCAGAUGCUGCCGUUCUUACUGUACCUCUUGGUGUUCUAAAAUCUAAUUGUAUCAAAUUUGAGCCGAGAUUACCCAAGUGGAAGGAAGAAGCCAUUAAUGAUCUUGGAAUUGGGAUUGAGAACAAGAUAGUUCUGCUCUUCGAAAAGGUGUUUUGGCCAAACGUAGAGUUCCUGGGUGUUGUUGCUGAGACUUCUCAUGGGUGCAGUUAUUUUCUUAACCUACACAAAGCCACUGGUCAUUCUGCCCUUGUUUACAUGCCAGCAGGGCAACUGGCCCGUGACAUAGAGAAAUUGUCAGAUGAGGCUGCUGCUAAUGUUGCUUUUACGCAACUUCUGAAACUCCUUCCAAAUGCUUCUGCUUCUCCACCGAUCCAGUACCUUGUUUCUCAUUGGGGCACAGACAAAAACUCUCUGGGCUCUUACAGCUACGAUACAGUAGGGAAAUCCCACGAUCUGUACGAGAGGCUAAGGAUCCCAUUGGAUAACCUAUUUUUUGCCGGGGAAGCUACAAGUAUCGAUUACCCUGGGUCAGUCCAUGGCGCAUACUUCACUGGCUUGAUGGCUGCUGAGGACUGCAGAAUGCGCGUGUUGGAGCGAUACGGAGAGUUGGACCUUUUCCAGCCAGUCAUGGGUGAGGAAGUCCCGGUUUCAGCACCUAUAUUGAUCUCCCGUAUGUAG